GGUCUCUGAGAUCACAAGACAUUCACUACAAUGGCUCUGAAUUGUCAUGUUUUGAUAGACCACGGCUAAAUGAAUAUAACCACAGAACUUGUUGCCAGUGCCAGAGAAGCACAUCACAGACAUGUGGACCAGUUCACUUGAUUCCAUCACUGUGCUGUGAUGAAACCUGUAGCAUGGAGCACAGCAGUCACAAUUGUGCCUUCCACUCACAGACUACACUUAAUGAAAGGGCUUCUGAUUCUGUUGGAGAAAUGAUUCCUACCUUCCUUGGUUCUCUUUCGCACUCUACCUGUGGAGACAUUUCAGAUGCUUGGCCUCUUAUGCAAAACUCGGCUUGUGACAGCAUUUCUUUCUGUGAAUCAUACACAGAACUGGCUGGAGGAUCUGCAAAAUCCUGCAGUCCUGAGGCUGAAAAUGCAGCCACUGUUGAGUUGGGUAAUAAACAGGAUCUAAGUGGAGUACUUAUUUCACCAAAGUCCCUUGAUGGAAACAUUGCAGAGUCCUUUGAAAUAUCCAAACAUAGAACAUGCAUAGAAGUUUCAUCACUUCAGAACUCAGCGGCUGCUGAAACCCAGCCAAAGACAAAGCAUAAUGGAACAGCAAGUGACUCUACAGACUGAUAAAGAGGUAA